AUGGUUUUGCAGGGUAUCACCGGUAGAUGCGCCUUCCAGAACCUCAAAUGGGAUUUGAUCUUUGUUCCUUCACAAAUUUCCGAUUGUCGUGCGUUGGCUUUUUUUUUGUGGUGCGAAAGCGGGCAAGCGGGUGGGCGAGCGAGAGCGAAUGCGUGCGGCGAAAUGAAACGCGGACGCGGGGGAAUAAUUCUCGAGAGGAGCUUUGCAGAUGCGAGGCGAGGCGGUGCAACCGAGGCGACGCAGGAAAGAGAGGAGGAUGGAAGAGAGGAAGAGGAAGAGGAGAGAGAUGAAAGAAGGAAGGGCGCAAAAUAG